AUGCUCCUUCCAACCUCCACGGCGCAUUCUUCCAGCGAGGGGGGGAACCGUCGGCCCAAGUGCGCCCGCUGCCGUAAUCACGGGAUGAUUUCCUGGCUGAAAGGCCACAAGCGACACUGCCGAUUUCGAGACUGCGUGUGUGCCAAGUGCAACCUGAUUGCAGAACGCCAGCGGAUCAUGGCGGCCCAGGUGGCUCUAAAACGCCAGCAAGCUGCAGAGGACGCCAUCGCUCUAGGGCUGCGAGCCGUGGCUACAGGGAACUCCAUGCAUUAUCUUCCCCCCGGCCCCAUCUUCGGAAUCUCGGUAACCGAGCCUAAAGGUGACAGCAAGGACCCAGACGGAGAUAGCGGCAACAGUGGAACAGAUUGCAACAAAUCAUCUCCAAGUAUCUCCAGCAGCCCCGAAACGGCUCCUCCUCAUUCUCAGAGUGAAAUUUCUACUACUGAUGCUCUUACAAGUCCGACAGUGUCCUGCAGCACGUCCAGUAGUCAAAAGUCCAAACCUCGCUCGCUUCCCCUUUGUUCUGGUCCGCGACAAGACAAACACGAGAGUCACCUGGUGACAAGUAGGGAAUCACUACCGGCUGAUUUCCGACCAGGUAGACUAAGUCCGUUGGAGAUGCUCACUCGGAUUUUCCCCACGCAGAAGAAAGCAGUGUUGGAGUUAGUAUUGGAAGGAUGCAACGGAGACUUGGUUAAAGCCAUAGAACACUUUCUGUCAGCAAAUGACGCUUUGUUGCUGCAUCAACGGGUCAGUAGCGCUGCUAUAUCGUUCCCCACGUGCACUCCGUAUACGCCUCGAACCUUAACAACCAUGACGAUGGCUAUGCCUGAUCAGAUUUUAAAAUCACAACCUGAGCCGCCUCUACGAGUCUCGCUGGGCUCCAUCAAAUCAGCUUUCACACCGCUUUCUCCUCCUGCAGCCCACCAAAAUACGCCUUUUGCUUCCACUCUACCUCAGCGUACACCAGUGAUUUCAGCUCCGGUGUUAACGGAUGGUGUCGCGGCUACUAUGUCUCGCCCCUCGAUGUUAAUGUCGUCGUUGCAACGAUUUCCAAACACGACUUGCCCCUUCCCGCCCCUUACCACUUAUCCGUUACCUUCUACUUAUCCACUUCUAUUCCAUCCCUACCAGCCGUGUCCCCCCGGAUGUCCACAAUGCCCUCCUCGUGCAAUGAGUACCCCUCCCGACGAAUAUUCUGAUCCUGCAAGUCCAGAGGGUCACGCAGUUCAUAGGGAUAGCAGACUUCAAGAAGCUGUUGACCUGUCGGACAGUGGCUCAUGGCAAGGAAGUCCAACGGGGAAGCAAGAUAAAUAG